CGUUUUUAUUUUUAUUUUCCUGGGCGGUGGAUGCUUUGGGAUUCCUAGUGUGUCUGAAAGAGGAAGGGGCUAAUUGUGAAUAGGAAUCGGUUCUGGGUUUGUCCGUGCCGUGUUGAGGCGGGUGAUGAGGGUAGUUCGGAGGCAUUGAGGCGCUUGUUUGGUCUUUUUUGCGAUUUCCGAUGCAGUUGAAUGAUGUAGGAGCUUGAACGGACUGCUUGUGUAGCUAUGGCGUUGUUAUCACCGGUCCAAUAUGCACAUCUUGGUGCUGGAAGAGGUUUUUCUUAAGUUGGCACUUAAUGGGUAUCGUUGUAGAUGUUAGUCUGCUCUUGUGAUUUUCGAACCGCCAUUCGUUUGGCAGUUUUAUCGCCUUGAGAUUUUGGCUGAUUAACUUGAGCAACAUCGUGUGGCUCGAUUCUUGUCGGUAACUUAGAGGACUAGCAUGGUGUUGUGUUUUCCCUUUGUCGAAAUGAAGGAAUCCCCUGCUGCUUUCGGUUCUUUUGCCGCUAUCUCGUGCGAUCAAGGAUGUGCCAUGCCAAUCCAAUCAUUUCCCGAAUCAUUGGAGCAGGUGACACUCGUCCGGGUUCGUUAUGGACAAUGUGUCAGGUGAUUGACUUGGCACGUACGAAUAGAUUAGCUAUGCUGGGACUCGAUAACUCUGGAAAUUCCUUCUUUUAUGUAGGAUCUGGUGAAAAAGCUUGGCGCGCAGUAGCGUUGUUAGAAUUCGAGGUUGCAAUUUGGUCGUUGGUCACAGAAUGCAGUGUAGUGUAUUCAGGUUUCACCAAGCAGUUCGAUAGUGAACGAAGCUGUGUGGCUUCCGUUAACUGAGAAACAGGAGCCAAGGUGAACGCUGGCGAAUACCCUAAUUAAAUAAGUUCCUUGCAAGAAGAUGAUGAGGAGAAUCAACUCACCUCCCUUCUGCACGGGAUAUUAUCUAUUUCCUAUGGCUGGCCUUGUCUGAUGAUUCGAUUCUCAAAGUGAAGAAUGUUAAUGACGGUUAAGAUGUGAAAGCCAGCCUUUUCAUCUUUUAUAGGAUGUAGUUUUCUCCCUUCAGGAGUCCUUGGAAAUUUGGUAUUUAGGGGAAGAUGGAGUGGAUCCAAUUGCUUUGCAUGCUUUCCUCUUUUCUACAUAUGACUGACUGCAGCGGUUUUUCCCCCAUUUUUCCUGCCCCGGAAAUUUUACUGGACAACGUAGAAUCCAAACUUCACGAGACUGAACGAUAAACAUAUCAAAUGAUAUAUAAGCCAACUUGAGGGUAUUUGUUUAGUUGGAAGAGCCUUCUGACUGCAAAAGUAAAAUGAGCUUCAGUACAGUCGAAAGUCUUAAGGCUUGAGUUAUUAGCAGUUCUCAAAGAAAGCUUCAAGCAGAAUUGCAGAAGGAGAGAUUGGCUCGUUGAUGGUCGUUUCUGGUAUAGUUUGUUCCAGACUUCAAGGAAUCAGUGAUCAUGACACACAAUUCCUUAUUAUCCACUGCUGGAUGCCCUGGAGUUCCUCAAUGCUUCGCUUAUGUUAUUAGAUGGGAUUUUUUUAGAUCUACUUGUUUCGAUGAUUCCUUCUGUUGGAGCACUGCUGAUUGGAGCUGUUCGACAUGCAUUGGACUGUCUUGAUGCCGAUAUCAAAUGGUCUUGAGCCUUGUAGCAGAAAUCAAUGUUGCAGUGUCUCCUUGCUUGACUGGCCAAGUAAAAUUCUUAGGAGGUUAUGGAAUGUAGCUAAGUUUGCUCAUAUCUGCAGGUGCUUCAUCGCUAGCUUCUAGGUAGUUGGUAGUCUCAGCAGAGUCAAAUAAAAAUGGGUGAAGUAGCUAUUGAACAGCAAGGGUUUCAACAGUUUGAUGCGGAAAACCUUCAGCAUGUCUUCUAUAAAGAGAGUCAGACAGACAAUGAGUUCACAGUCCUUCAGCAGAUGAAUGGGGAACCGAUGCCUGUCGAGAAAACUAAAGAUGAUGCUAGUGCUACCGAGUUGCUAGAGAGAGGGUACUUGCAGUAUGGAUGUCCUCAUUACCGUCGAAGGUGCCGCAUUAGAGCCCCCUGUUGCAACGAGAUUUUUGAUUGCCGUCACUGUCAUAAUGAUGCAAAGAACAAUAUCAAUGUAAACCAAAAGGAGCGACAUGAGUUGCCUCGCCAUCAAGUUCAACAGGUGGAUGCUAUUAAAUUUCUGGCAUGUUUAAAUACUGACUUAUUACUCGAUGUUCCCAUUAACCUACUUUUUUUGUUUCAGGUUGUAUGUUCACUCUGCGGUACUGAACAAGAGGUCCGGCAGGUGUGCAUCAACUGUGGUGUUUGCAUGGGGAAGUACUUUUGUGGGACUUGUAAGCUUUUCGACGAUGAUACAUCCAAAAAGCAGUAUCAUUGUAAUGGAUGUGGCAUUUGCAGAAUUGGGGGGCGAGAGAAUUUCUUCCACUGUUACAAGUGUGGUUGCUGCUAUUCAAUCUUGCUGAAAAACAGCCAUCCUUGCGUGGAAGGAGCGAUGCAUCAUGACUGUCCUGUUUGCUUUGAGUUUCUAUUUGAUUCGAGAAAUGACGUGACAGCCUUGCCUUGCGGACACACAAUUCACAAGAACUGCUUAAAAGAGAUGAGAGAACAUCACCAGUAUGCUUGCCCGAUCUGCUCGAAGUCCGUGUGUGAUAUGUCAAAGGUUUGGGAGAAAUUUGACAUGGAGAUUGCAGCCACGCCAAUGCCAGAGCCUUAUCAAAACAAGAUGGUCUGGAUCCUCUGCAACGACUGCGGGAAAACAUCUCGAGUCCAAUUCCAUGUAGUCGCUCAGAAAUGCGCCCAUUGCAAGUCCUAUAAUACUCGCCAAACACGUGGCUGACCAUGUCACUUGGAUUAAGAAAUUGUGAUGUUCACCAAUGUCCUUACACCAGGCUGUGAAGUCGGAUGUCCAUAGAGUCGGGUCGCUUGUGAGGUGUGCUAGAUAUGCCAGAUGAUCAAGCGAAUUGAAUCUUGAGGGGGUCUCGACCUUCCUUUUUCUUGUCCUCUCCAAAAUCUUUUCCUGGGUUUGUUUCUUCGAAUCAUGGAAAUGAAUGAAUGUGGAGUUGCUCUCCUACUCUUCUUGUUGCA